AUGAAUCUCUCUCUCUCUCUCUCUCUCUCUCUCUCUCUCUCUCUCUCUCUCUCUCUCCUUGCUCUUGCCAGAUUACACACGAUCAUGUGUCCAUACACUUGCAAGCAGCCUCUUUUCAAAACUGUCUUUCUUUCUUUCUUUCUUUCUUUCUUUCUUUCUUUCUUGCUCGCUUUCUUUCUUUCUUUCUUUCUUUCUUUCUUUCUUUCUUUCUUUCUUUCACUGAAGCCUGGUUAUGUUAAACAGGUCUUUCUUUAUUUCUUUCUUUCUUGCUCGCAUUCUUUCUUUCUUUCUUUCUUUCUUUCUUUCUUUCUUUCUUUCUUGCUCACUUUCUUUCUUUCUUUCUUCCUUUCACUGAAGCCUGUCUUUCUUUCUUUCUUACUCGCUUUCUUUCUUUCUUUCUUUCUUUCUUUCUUUCUUUCUUUCUUUCUUUCUUUCUUUCUUUCUUUCUUUCUUUCACUGAAGCCUGUAGUGUCGUUUCCCCGCCAACUUAACAGCUUAAAAAAAAAAGACGGAAGUAUCCACCCUAUCGGUGUUGGUAACAUUUUUCGUCGUCUCGCGGCAAAAAUUGCUUGUAGAGUUGUUGUGAAGGAGACAGGGCGUGAAUUGCGACCUGUCCAGCUCGGGGUAGGCAUACAGGGCGGAUGUGAAGCCGCGGUUCAUGCCACAAGAUCAUUAUUCGAGAAUACAUCAUCUGCUUCCCCAUGUAUCUUAUUAAAGUUGGAUAUAAAAAACGCUUUCAAUAGCACCAGAAGGGACCAUGCCCUGGAAAUUUGUCAUCAAAGGACUCCUUCCAUAUUUAAACUGGCUUAUCUUUCGUCUAGUCAUCUAAGUAUGUUGAUCGCCUCCGAUAAUAUUAUCUCUUCUGCUACUGGAAUCCAGCAAGGUGAUCCACUUGGUCCGCUACUAUUUGCGAUGGCUGUUGACGGGGUAGCUCGUUCCAUCGCCUCUCCUUUCAAUAUAUGGUAUCUUGACGAUGCAACGUUGGGAGGAUCCAUCGAGGCUGUAUCUGCUGACCUCCGACGAGUUAUUCCUGAUUUAUCUCUGCUUAGACUUGAGAUUAACUCGUCCAAUUUCCGAAGUGCCUCUGGCUACAUCGCACAGGAUUUCUUAAAUGGGAUAGAUAUCACAAUUAAGAAAUGCGCGGAGCUAAUUUGCAACGUUAAUUUCGACGACACAGGCUGGAGGCAGGAAAAGCUCCCUUUGAAUUUCGGAGGCCUGGGCCUUCGAUCAGCGGUAGAUUUGACCCUUCCAGCAUAUCUUUCUUCACUUUCGUCCAUUCGCGAAUUAAUUGAUGAGAUACUCGGUGGAUCGUCUCAGUGUUUCUCGGGUAGUUCUUUCGAACAAGCUUGCAGCGUCUGGGCCCAAGAAUUACUUUCUCUUCCACUAGACACAUCAAAACAAAAGGGCUAG